AUGGGUUUUGCGAUAUAUUCAAGAUUAAGUUUAUUUCUAUUAAGUUUCCUCUUCUUGUCUAAAUCAGAUUAUAUUAGCUCAUUAUAUGUUGAAUUUAUUUGCCAAUGUUAUUGCUCUAUAUCAGAAUAUGACAUAUCUUCUGGCACUCCUAAAGUUCAAUCAGUUGAAUUUCUUGCCGAUGUAAGACCUAUUAUUCUUCCUAUAUCUGGAUCAAGAGGAGUUGCAAAUAUAACAAAUUUACAAUCUAUGGUUAGAACUAACUCGGGUCUUAUAAAGGAGUAUCGAUUAGGUACAGUUGCUAUAUGGAACUCAGAUUUUGAUUUAUCAACAUUUAGUUCAAUGGAUCAACCCAAUGAUAUGGUUUCAAUUUUUAAUGUACUUCCAAUAUUUGAUGAUAUUUUUUUAAAAGUUAAUAAGCUUAAUUCUUCUUAUUUAAAUUCCGGUUCUAAACCAGCUAUUAUAUUUCUCAAAGAUUAUAUUGAUGAUGAAACUAAAAUAGAUAAUUUAGAAUAUAACCCAAGAUAUCAGAAGAAAUGCCAAAAAGUUUGCGAACGUCCUAAUUCUACUAUACAACCAUUAUCAUAUUCGAAAGUAGAAUAUGUGGAAUUAACACAUGGAGGAAGGAUAUUUGAUCAAUAUCCAGCAAAAGAUAAGUAUUUAUAUAAUAAUCUUAAUUUAGCUAUUAAAGAUAAUUUAGAUUUUGGUAAAUGUAAUCCUUCAUAUUUAGAAACAAAAGGAAUCCCAACAAAUUGGGUUGAUAUUUAUAAUAAUUUGAGAUUAGAAUUUGCAAGGAAACAAGCUGAUGAAGAAUUUGCAAAAAUUUAUCCAAUAUUGAGUGUACCUGUACAAAGACCAUUAAUUAUUGAAUUUACAGAAUCUGCAAGAAAUUCAUUUGAAGAAUCAGCUUAUUCACGUUUAAUAACAUUUCAAAGAUAUAUAUUAUCAUCUGGAGUAAAACCUAUAUCAGGUUUUCCUAAUAAUGUAGCUGAUUUCUUUGAACAACAAAUUUCACCUUUAUUUCAAUUUCGUGCAGUUUUAAGGGCUGAAAAUUCAAGAUGGAUUGUGAAAGAAAUUUAUAAAGGUAAUCCGGGUGAUUAUGGUUUUAGUGCUGAAUUUUUAAAUAUUUUUCUUAAAGAACAAGAGAUAUUGUCUAUAGAAUCUAGACAAUCAGAUAUUUUGGAAUCUUGGGCAAACUCUUUUUGGACAAUUGAUGGUACUAAUACAUAUACUGAACCUACAGAUCUUCCAAUAAUACAAGAUGUUGAGAGAUAUUCUGAUGAAAAUAAACUAGAAUCUUGGCUAAGAGCAAAAGAGAAACAAAUUAGAGAAUUUGAGGGUGAUAUACCUGUUUCAUUAUUACAAAUAUUCAAAGGAUUUAGGGCAGUAUCAAAUACUCAAAUACCUAUAGCUAUCUCAGGCCAAUUUGUUGUUAUUAAUGAAGAUGAUGAGAAUAAAGAACAAGAAAAGAUACCAAUAAAAGGAGUAGAAGAAAUUCAUAUUGUAUAUUAUGGUAUGCUAACUCUUAAUUGUUUUACUUCUAUAGAUUUAAGUGAAAAUAAUGAUUUUCAAUUUAACAACAAGAUUGUAUUUGCAACAUUUCCAGAUAAAGUAUUUCUUCGAACUGAUGUUUUAAAUAUUAAGGAAGUAAGUAUUCCAAAUGAGAUUAAACGUUGGCAUACCAUUGAACUAACUACAGGAGCAUCUAAUGGAAUAGAUAUUAUAUUGACUAGUUCAACACAUCAAUUUGCUCAAUUAUUAGCUAAAAUAAAUCCAUCAAUAUAUCUUGCUUUAUUUAGAGAUCUUAGACAUAUGUUUAUGAUAUCUAAUGAGUCUACAUUUAUGAAGAAUGUGUGUACUAUUCCUACUAACAAAUCUCUUGUAGAAUUAGUAUAUGAAGAUGAGGAGUCUCUAAUCAGAUCCCCAGUAAAAUUAUUUAAUAUUAAUUCAUUUGGUCAUAUUUCUUUGGGAUAUGUAAAGUUCUCUGAUUCAGAUUAUUUCAAUUAUUUGACAACAUUAUUUUCUAAAUGUUUUGGUGUUGUACCACCUAAUUCUAGAAUUAGAAUCAAAGAAGAGUUCCAAAGAAAGAUAUUCACUUCUGAUUUAGUUUGUGCAGUUGAUGAUGAUAUUCAGAAUUACCAAUUACAAGUAUAUUCACGCAUUAAUUACUAA